AUGUCCUUAUCCAUAGCAGGACACGGUCUCAAUAAGCCAGUCAUUAAAAAUCUUGAUGUAAAAUCAGAGACUAGCUAUAUUCCUGUACCUCUAGAAGCAUUAAAGCACCCUUACUUAGAUGAUAAUCCAAUUUUUCAAGAACUCAAAAGAAAGCUUUCUGCUUAUUACGAGCAUAUUGCCUAUUCUCCGCAAGAUAAAAACAAUUGAGAAAGCAUAUUUUAUUCUUCCUUAAGCGCUCUUCUUGCUUCCCCCCUCUCCGUGAGUGAACAAAAAAAUUUUAUUCACUCACGGAAGGGUUAAUUUUUUUUUAAAAAAAAUUAUAUAUAAAUUUUAUAGAGAAAAUUUUUUUUUAGAAAUUUAAAAAAAUCCUAAUUCGCAAAAAUUGGAGAGCUCUGGAUUUCAUUAUACUAAUUAUCAAUUUUUCUAUUAAAAAAGUUUUUGUUCACUCACAGGUGGUGGGCUUUUGGGCAAAAAAUAGGGAUUUUUCAAAUGGUUCUGUUCACUCACGGAGGGGUGGGAGUUAAUGAAAUUGUAUAUACAAGAGAUAAAGAAUUGCAAAUGGAACUGCUAAAUAAAGUAUCCAAAUGAAGCUCUGAAAAGCUAAAAGAAAGAAGAAAUCUCACUGCAAAACCUUCUAUAAGAAGACCAACCUAUAUUACAGAAAACCAAGAUCUAACCCCUAUUUCUUCUUCACGGAAAUCUACUGAUUCUCGGACUAGAACUGUAGUGCCCGAGCUGACUGCAAGAAGCCUUACUCCUUUAUCCUAUUCUCCAAAAUCCAGCCAAAUGAACGAUACGAAAUACAUGGCGUUCACUUACAGAUCUGCUGUCGAGGAAUAUCCUGAGGUUGAGAAAAGUCUUGACCGCCGCUAUAGGAUCUUCAGAGAUAGGGAAACUAGAGAAAAGCAAGCAAUCCUUUUCAAGCAAAGUAAUUUAUAAUCAGUGGCUUUAAGUAAAUGAGAAAAAUCUAACUUUCAGUAGAAACAACUUAAAAAAAUAUUAAAAAUAUGAAAAAAUUUUUAAAAUAUUGAAAAUAUAAACAAAUAAAAACAUUAAAAAAAGCUCCAGCUAAUAAAGGCAAAAGGCUUGGCAUUAAUUAAGAUAGAGAGUAAGUCAAGAAAAGAAGAAGAAAUUUCCAGUAAGCUGCAGCAGUUGGAUAGUUCAUAUAAAAUAAUUAGGGAUGAUAAUAAGAAAAAAGCAGAGAUUUCUGCAAAGAAAAGAAUUUACGAUUUCAGGAAAGCUGUAAAAACAGAGAAUUCGGAUGAUUCGCAAAGUGAAGAUGGAGAUGAAGCUGAUGAGCAUUAUCAAAUAAUUGAAAAAAUAGGAAAGACAAGAAACCAAGUUGCAAGGAUUUUGCCAAUCGAAUUACAGCCUUACCGACCAAAAUCAAUUAAAAACGCAUCACUUACAAUGCAUUUUAAUAAAAAGCAAGAACAAGAAAGGUACUAUAGGACACCUGAUAGGAUUACAAGUGGACAGAUGACUGAAGCCAUGGCUGUUAAAGCAAAGUUAGCAGCUCAAGGAAUACUCAUGCCUUUAAAAGACAUUGAGUCAGGUCUAAUUUCCCAUGACGGACAAGGAAAAAUUCUGCUUUCCAGCCUUCCAAAAGGAGGAGAAAACCUACUUAGUAACAACUUCCAAAACAUUGAUUCCAAAGGGAGGAAAGUGCUUAGGUCUAAAUAA